GUUAGUGGUCCGCUAGUUAUUAGAGCGAGAGGAAAGUAGGUCAUAGCGAAUGUAUAGUGAUACUGGUCAUCGCCGUCCAUAUUCGCCUGGUUAUACAUGUGCUUCCCUGCCUUCUUCAUAGGAGGAUCGUGUCAGAAAGCCUCAGGAAAUGAAGAAAGAGCAGCCCUCCUCUAUCUCUGUGAUGAUCUAAUGGCAGACCAAAGAAUGGACAUCUCCUCCACGAUGAAUGAGUUCAUGUCUCCCAGUUCCACUGAGCUGAUCAGCAGCUCCAUGGGUUCCACAGGCAUGGACUUCAACCGCAAGAGGAAGGGCAGCAUCACCGACUAUGAAAUCGAUGGAUUUUCUUUUGAAUCUGACUCUUCAUGGAUGAGAUUCCUCAUCCCAAGCUCACAGCUCACACAGUCCCCUGAGAGUGACCGGGACAGUAUGGACACAGACAAGGACAAACCACUUGGAAGGGCCGAUCAGCAGAUGAAGAACGCAAGAGAGGCUCACAGUCAGAUAGAGAAGAGACGCAGAGACAAGAUGAACAGCUUUAUCGAUGAGCUGGCUUCAUUAGUGCCUACCUGCAAUGCCAUGUCCCGCAAGCUGGACAAGCUCACGGUGCUGCGCAUGGCCGUCCAGCAUAUGAAAACUCUACGAGGUGCUGCAAACCCUUAUACUGAAGCUAACUACAAGCCGGCCUUUUUAUCAGACGAUGAGCUGAAGCACUUAAUUUUAAAGGCUGCUGAUGGUUUUCUCUUCGUUGUGGGCUGCGAUCGGGGGAAGAUCCUUUUUGUCUCAGAGUCUGUCUACAAAAUUCUAAAUUACAGUCAGAAUGACCUGAUUGGCCAGAGUUUGUUCGAUUAUUUGCAUCCUAAAGAUAUUGCAAAAGUCAAAGAGCAGCUUUCAUCAUCUGAUACAGCUCCACGCGAGAGACUCAUCGAUGCUAAAACCGGGCUGCCGGUCAGAACAGACAUCGCACCUAGUCCCUCCAGACUGUGCUCAGGGGCCCGACGCUCCUUCUUCUGCAGAAUGAAGUGCAACAGGUCUAUGGUCAAAAUGGAGGACAAGGAUUUUCCCUCGACUUGCUCCAAAAAGAAAGCUGAUCGCAAGAGCUUCUGCACCAUCCACAGCACAGGCUAUCUGAAGAGCUGGCCGCCCACCAAAAUGGGUUUAGAUGAAGACAAUGAGCCUGAUAACGAAGGCUGUAAUCUCAGCUGCUUAGUGGCCAUUGGCCGGUUACAUCCUCACAUUGUCCCACAACCCGUGAAUGGAGACAUCCGGGUGAAGCCCACAGAGUAUGUCUCACGCCACGCCAUCGAUGGGAAGUUUGUCUUCGUGGACCAAAGGGCCACAGCCAUUCUUGCUUAUCUACCUCAAGAGCUUCUGGGCACGUCUUUCUAUGAGUAUUUCCAUCAGGAUGACAUCGGGCAUCUCGCUGAAUGCCAUAGACAAGUCCUACAAAUGAGAGAGAAGAUCAACACUCACUGUUACAAGUUCAAGAUUAAAGAUGGCUCUUUUAUAACUUUAAGAAGUCGCUGGUUCAGUUUCAUGAACCCUUGGACCAAAGAAGUAGAAUACAUCGUGUCUACCAAUACAGUCGUCUCGGGCAGUUCGGUUGAUGGAGCGGAGCCUGGUUUUCCUCAGCUCUCUGCCUCCCCCCAGAGUAUGGACAGUGUUCUUACAGCUGCUGACGGCUCAGGGAAAACCGUUCCUGGACUCCCCGGAGGCACAAGAGCAGGAGCAGGGAAGAUCGGCCGCAUGAUCGCAGAAGAAGUGAUGGAGAUUCACAGGAUACGAGGCUCGUCGCCCUCUAGCUGUGGCUCAAGCCCGCUGAAUAUCUCCAACAGCACACCUCCUCCCGACACCUCCUCACCAGCUGCCAGAAAGAUGUCCAAUGGCGGGACUCCAGACAUUCCCUCUGCAGGGCUUGGGUCAGGCCAGGACAGCAUAGGAUACCCAUACUCAAACAGCUCCAUUUUAAGUGACAAUUCUCACAUUGGGAUCGGGGACAUCAUGGACGAGCCGGGCUCAAGCAGCCCCAGCAGUGAUGAAGCGGCGAUGGCCAUCAUCAUGAGCCUGCUGGAGGCCGACGCAGGUCUCGGGGGACCAGUGGACUUCAGUGACCUGCCCUGGCCGCUCUGAGGGAAUCAUGACUCUUUCUUACUGUGUCCUGACAGGUUGCCACAGCAAUGACGUUAUUAUGAACCUGACAAUCAACAUGUGCCGAAGCUGUUAUUGUUGGUGAUGUUACGUUUGUUUUAGUCAAGGUGUCUCAGGUAGCUCCGCCCACUUUAAACAAAGACUUCCACUUUACCCCAAAGGACUUUUCCAUGAUUUUCACUUACAAAAAGUUCAUUUCCAUGACUUUUCAUCAUAUAUUUACAAUUUAGUGUCUACAGUAAUCCGAAUAAUGGAGGUUUUGUUUAUAAACGUUCCACACUGUCUUUUUCAGUUAUUUCCAUCAUCCACACUAAAAC